UAGACCCGACCCACAUCAAAGUAGCCGCCAUCCUGGACUCAGAUGAUCACCGAUCAAACGUCUCAUACUUGCUACAGUAUCAAUGAGACUCACUCCUUUUUUGAUGGUGGAUGUCUGGUUUCAGCCUCCGGUCUCAUCAUCUCUUCCUCCCAGCCUGAAGUAAUGGCAGCCGGGUCCAGCUCUCUCAGUGCUACUGUGUGACACCAUCGUGCCUGGGACGUACGCACGAGCGGCGAUAGUCAAUAACAAAGCAUCGCUGCUUGGUCAGUGUCACCUGUGCACUGCUCUCGGUUAUAGUCAUCGUCGAAGAUCACGCAUAUCAACGAAAUAUCAUCAUCCUUAGUGAAUCGCAUGACCUUCGAGUGAGCCGCUCUUCAAAGUUCUCGCAGUGAUGACAAUCACAACAUUGGCCAUAGGCGCGUCGAUCACACCCAUCGUGAUCAAGACUUUCUUCAAGCACUACCUUGAACAAGCGCGAAAAUCAAGGGAGGACAGACACACCGAAGCGUCCGAUGAGAUUCUCUUCCGCGAAACCUUCGCCAUCGUGCGUAAAUUCUGCCAAAUUGCAACACACGACACGGUCGACUCGCUGCAGUCCUUUACUAAUACGCACGUCCCCAGUCCGCCGUCGGCAACGGUGAUCGGUGUGCUUAUCCCCUUGUCCUCCUGCGACAACGCUGCGCGCAUCCUGAUUGAGUACUUUGGCCCGGACGACCUGCAAAAUGUCGUCGGCGGCGAAAAGUGGUGGCAGGUCCGCAGCCUCGCGGGCAUCGAGGCGGAGUGGAUCGCGCAGACGAGCGACUGGAAUUUGGGCAAGCAUGUCGAAAGGGAGAUGGCGAGGGAGGAGCAAAAGUACCAAGGUACAGGCAAUGGUACCGCUACUGCUAUUGGAGGUGAAGGCGGAGGAGCGAGGCCACAAGGCAAGCCUGAUUUGCAGGCGGCGGCGCAGAGGGCAAGGUGGAGCGAGAAAUCGAAACACACCAAGCGGCACAAUGCCAAGAUGUCCAAGCGUGCCGGCAACUGGAAAGACCACACUGUCGGCCGCAUUGUGCGCGUUGUGCACAAUAAUCGCGAUGGUGCUGCUGCUGCUCAAGCGAAGCAGGAAGGCGGGAAAGAUGCUCAAGGCUGCGAUUCUGGACCAGCGUGGGAGGAGGUCGAUCUCGAUGGCAACGAAUUUGACGAGAAUGCUUUCGCGGCCUUCGAGAAUCUCGAUCGGCUGAAAAGGGUCUUGCUAUAUUGCCAUGGUGGCGCAUACUACUGGGGGUCCAUCAAUACGCACAGGUAUCAGAUCAUCCGAUACGCCAGAAAGUUCGGAGGCAGAGCUUUUGCAGUCAAUUAUCGAAAGGCACCGAACCAGUAUCCCUGGCCAUGCCCGCUGCACGACCUGCUUGCCGCGUACCUCUACCUGAUCCGCCCUCCACCCGAGGCGAAGCACAAAGCCGUCGACCCGGCUCACCUCGUCCUCGCGGGCGACAGCGCUGGCGGUGGCAUGUCGCUCGCGCUCCUGACGCUGCUGCGCGACAUGGACCUGCCCAUGCCCGCCGGCGCCGUGCUCAUCUCGCCCUGGUGCGACAUGACGCACAGCUUCCCGUCCAUCUUGCAGAACAUUGACACGGAUAUCAUCCCGCCGUACGGGUUCAUCCACAAGCCCUCGACCCUCUGGCCUGUAUUCAGCACAGCCCCAGAGGCAACCGCAGAAGACAACACCGGCGGCGAUGGGAGCAAGAAAGCAGACCCACCGCCUGUCAAGGGUCAACAAGACGUCUCGCAAACAAUAUGUGCUGCUUUGAGUAGCACCGAGAACAGUCACGCUGUCAAUCACGAUCGAAGCAAGAAGUGGGACAUCCCCGGCGAGGCAGCAGAGGAUGUGGCGAUGCCAUCCACCCCCAAGUUCCUCUACUCUGAUCCAAUCGAGAUACGGGUGACGGACCCCGAGCACAAAAAGGAAUGGGGAGACAAGAUCGUCGUCAAGGGCCAGAUUCAGCAGUAUGCUACCAACGCUCAGCUCGGGCACCCGCUCUGCUCGCCUAUUCUUCACGGCAGCCUCGGUGGACUGCCACCACUGUACAUCCUCGCUGGCAAUGGCGAGGUGUUGAGGGAUGAGAUCAUCUACCUCGCGCACCGCGCAGCUCGACCUAUGGAGUACCCUCUUUCAGAAUACCAUCUGCAGCGACGGCCGCGUUCCCGCGAUAGCAUGAAGAAGUACGACAGCAAGCCGACGAAAGUGCAUUUCCAGCUGUUCGACGAGAUGUGCCACGUGCUCACCGUCUUCUCAUUCACGACGCAAGCCAAGUACGCGUACCGGGCCAUCUCGUCGUUCGUAAAGCACGUCACCGGCGCCCCGACCAGCUAUAUUGAUCCUUUCCCGGACUUCCAUCAGGAUCAGCGAUUGAAAGUCAUGCGGAGCGAGACGCAUUCGUCCAGCUUGAAUCUCUCGGUGGACGCAAUAACGUUGACGAACGACAGCACAGCCUCAGCGCAGCCGGGCCAGCAAGAGGAGGGGGCGGGCUCGUCCAGCUCGGCUGGCCUCAUGCACGUGCUGGCGCAGCUGCAUAUCUCCGACAUUGCUUCCGACGCUGUUAUUGGAGGCUCAUGCACGGCUGAUUCACCGACCACCAUGACACCGGUCACGCCACUGACGCCGAACCGCACCCCUAGUCCUCGCAUUGCCAGCGCCGAGCCGCACGAUGUAGAGGCUGCGGACGACAUCAAGCUCACAGCGCACCAGUUCGAGCAGAAACGCAAGGCCACACUGCGAGAGGGGAAACGCCGUCUCGUAUCGUUGGGCGUGCAGAACGAGUACUCUGGAGCAGUCCCGCUUCUACGGCCUUCCUUCCAGGAGUACAUGAUCCGGGAGAGGGUGGACAUCAGAGGUAAGAUCCGCCCGAUGGAGCCUGAAGAGCACUUUGCUGCGCUCCAGCUUCCCCCUGAUGAAAUCGGAAUCAUCAAAGAGGGUCCUGCUGUCCGGUACAUGACCGGGCAGAGGCUUUGGGCGAAAAAGUUCAAAUCUGAAGCUAAACGCGUUGCGAAACGCAAGGCGCAGAACGAAGCCAAGGCACUGUGCAUCCUCCGUCGCGCAGCCCAGCGUGGGCUCCUGAACACGCCCAACCACGGAGUUGCAAAGUACACCACCGCGGGCCGCACGGUCACAUGGACGACCGGCAUGCGCUACGGGCCGAUGGACCUGUCCGACGAGACACCGCCGCCCAGCGCGAUCGCCGGCCGUCGCGAUACGGAAGACGCGCUGGCGCUCCUGCAGACCAGCUUGCGCGCCCGCGCCAAGCUCGGCGGCACCACGCCCACAGGCUCCACGGGAGCGCCAAAGCAGAGCGGCGCCGAGAAGGAGCACCGCAAGAGACCAGCCGGCGGCGGCAUUAGGCUGUGGACCUCGGCGAUGAAUACGCUCCACCGGAAAAAGGUGCACGUUGACCCAAUGUCGGAACGUCAGGAAGACGAAGGGAUGAGGAAGCUGGGAGAACGAGGGCGCCGCUCACGGAGAGAGCGACUGAAAAAUCGUUGCGUUGAGGAAACGGAUCUGCGACGGACAGCUGAUCAAGUAAACCAUGGAGGAGUAAAGUAAUUUGCCAUUCUACACUACAACAUGCAAUCCUAACGAUCGAUAAUCUCUGUCUAACCAUGUGCCGUCUCAGUUUGCUUGUACUUGUCCUCCCAGAUGCACGCGAGCGCCGUCGCGCCUCCCCGCGCAGGGUCGUGGAUGAAGACAUGCCUGGCAAAGUGCACAUUGAACUUUGCGAGUUCCUGGAUCAGCAGGUGCUGGUACCGCUCGACGCCGAACAGGCUGCCGCCCAUGCACAGCACGCUCUCGUCGGUGGACAGAUGGCAGUGCGACGGCCCGUCGGGUCGGACAACGUCGAGGAUCUGCAGCGCGAUCUGCCGCGCCUGCGAACGAAGAAUCUCGAGCGAGAGCGCAUCGUCACGGUUGAAGGCGAGGUGG